AUGUUUGAACGUCCCGAAGGAAUUGAGAAUUGUCGAAUUUGGGUUGAUGGAUGCUUCGACUUUGCCCAUCAUGGACACGCAGGAGCAAUGUUACAAGCACGGCAGCUAGGUAAGGAGCUCUACGCUGGUGUGCAUUCCGACGAAGAAAUCUUGCGCAACAAAGGACCGUGUGUUAUGAAACUUGAUGAACGAAUGACUGCAGUCGAGGCAUGCAAAUGGUGCACAAGGGCCAUUCCUGGUGCUCCAUAUGUGACUGAUCCGAAAGUGAUGAAAGAGUAUGGAUGCCAAUACGUUGUUCAUGGAGAUGACAUCACUACUGAUGCCAAUGGGGAGGAUUCUUAUCAAGUUGUUAAAGAUUUGGGGUUGUUUGUUGUUGUGAAACGUACUCCUAAUAUCAGUACUACUGAUUUGGUGGGGCGGAUGUUGUUGAUGUCAAAGACCCAUCAUUAUCAAGAUUUGAAUUUGGAGAAGAAUUGGCAAAAGUUGAUCAAUGAGGGUGAUAAUUUGGAUAGGUUUACUAGGUAUGCCACUGAUGAGACUGGGUUACAACCAGGAUCAGUGGUGUAUUUGAACACCCCUGAUGAGUUGAAGACUAUUGUGGAACCAAAGAGGAAGAAGGAUGGCGAGAAGAGCAAGUAUGUUUAUAUCGAUGGAGGGUUUGAUUUGUUCCAUCCUGGUCAUAUUGAAGUAUUGAAAUUGGUUCAUGACAAAGCCCAACAUUUGGGGGCAAAAGUUAUUGUUGGUAUUCAUGAUGAUAUUACAGUUAACAAAUACAAGGGGUUGAACUACCCCAUUAUGAAUAUUUUUGAAAGAUCGUUGUGUGUGUUACAAUGCAGGUACGUUGAUGGAAUAGUGCUCAAUGCGCCAUAUGUGCCAACAGUUGAGUUUCUUUCUAGAAUCGGUGAUGUGGUCAAAGUGUACCAUGGACCUACUGAAGUUGAUGAAUCAGUGUAUGAUGAAGUUCGUGACAAAGAAAAGACGGAGGGAGACGGGUUGUUUGAAGCUUUGCCUAAGCACAAGUAUGAUCAUAUGAGUACAGAGUUUAUUGUUGAACGAGUAUUGCAAAAUAAGGCAAUGUAUGUUGAACGACAAAAGAAGAAAGGGUGGAAAGCUGAAAUUGAAAAAGUAUUGGAAGCCAAUGAACGAAACAAGGGGAAGGAAAAAAUGGACAAUUGA